CAUUCACUGUUAGCAGACAACAGACAGAGUUCCAUGGAGAAGACAGAAAAUCAGUACACAGGUAUGUUUACACAUAACUUCCAUCUUAGUGAUAGCAAGAAUGUUAUGUUUGAACUGGUGCACGUCGACUGCUUUUGUUUUAACGAUCUGUGAUUAUUGUAAUGGGUUAAAAAAACAACAACCUUAUUUUGUUAGCCUGUAGCUGCUAGCUUAGCGAAAUAAGCUAGUUACUACCGUUACGUGCCCAGGCUGCCUAUUAGCCAGCAUGACGUUGUGCAUGUAGCUACUAGUUAAGACAAUUUAGGGUCAACGAUCUAACGUUUAACCAGCUUAACGUUAGUUAACGUUAGUCACUUGCUCGUCUUAGGUGUCACACUAGCUGAGCUGUCUGGGCUUCUAUCCACCUGUUUUUAUGCUGUUCGAUUUUUAAUGAUAGCGGCAGACCUGUGACCUGUCAGAUCUGUGUGGAGCAAUGAGGAGACUGUAACUUUCCUCACAUUAAUACAUGAAACAAACAGAAAUGUCACCUUUCCAUCGUGUUUUCUACAUUGUUUUUUUCACCGUUUGAGGUUUGAUUGAUGCUCACUCAAUUACGUCAUCUUGUCGCGCCCUCUUAUAAUGGAAAAUUGGCACCACCUACUGCUUACCUUGACGCACCAAGUCCUAAUAAUCACAUUACAGUAGUGGACAGAAACAAAGCAUUCAUCCACUUUUUUUUUUUUUUUUUUUUUUUGCGAUUUUUGGCCCACCAACCGAAAUUACCUUUGGGAAUAUGGCUUUAUGGUUACUUAGCUUUGUAAGUAUGGGAAUGUGUAGUGACAUUGUUAAUGACUUUUAUGCUUUGCUCUGUAUGAUCACAUUACAGUGUUGUGCACCUUAAUAUAAGCACAUUAGGAUUUUAAAAAUGAGCGAUUAAAUUUCUUGCAUCUUGCUAUCAUGGCUGCUUGUUUGUAUCAUUCUCAAGAGGUAUAGCAAAGUUCUAUACAUCCAUCUAGUGGUCAUGCUGUUUCAGAGUGCCCAUUACAGUAUGAUGCAGGUGAAGGCGGUACCACCAACUAUGGCCGAGAGUGAAAGAGCAUCAUAUCUGGGACAACACUCAUACUCUAACUUUGUCCAGGACAGUCAACUAGCUGUGGACCAACUGUUGCCCACUUGAUUUGAAAGGCCACACACCUGUUGCUUAGAGUAUGAAUGUGUUUUUGUUAAAUGAUGUAGUCACUAAUGAAUGAUCCUUUAGACAGUGGUGGAAUGUAACAAAGUACAUUUAAUCAGGUACCUAAGUACAAUUUUGACACACUUGUACGUUACUCGAGUAUUUCCAUUUAAUGCUACUUUAUACUUCUACCCCACUACACGUCAGAGGCAAAUAUUGUACUGGUAUACAAAGUAUAGUAAAUUUGGCUCCACAUUGAUGAACUACAACAUUAAAAUAUUCUUACAUGUAUUUGUUAGUGAUUUAAAAACAGAAUAAUGUAAUAUUCUAUAAUAAAAUAACGUUUUUAAAAGGUGCCAUUCUGCAUACUGAGUACUUUUACUUUUGAUACCUUAAGUAAAUGUUUCUGAUAAUGCUUCUGUACUUUUAAUACCUACAUUUUGAAUUCAUGACUUUUACUUGAGUAUUGUUACUUCUACUAUGGUAUUUCUACUUUUACUUAAGUAAAGGUUUUGAGUACUUCUUCCACAACUAUCUUUAGAUACACAAAGUAUGAAUUCAUGUUUGAUAUGUGUUGUUUGAUAUGAUGAUCAGCUGUGGCUUAAUGUAACUACAGUGAGCUUAAUGCUCAUUAGGCCAAGAGCAUUUAGUUAGUGCAUUUUAACCAUUUGUUUACAACUGUCUUUUAUGUAGUUCUGCAGUAAUACAAAUAUAAUAAUACAGUAACUAUAUGUUACUGUGUGUGUGUGUAGAACUUGCCAAGAACAGUCACUAAUGUGAGCUAAAAUAAUCGUUUUAUCAUUUGUUUCUACAGUGUUUACAACAAGACCAGUUCCAAUGAUAAUUAUCCAUUUACUAAAAUACUUAAAACCCCAAAACAUGUCUCUUGGAAUUUAUUGCGUUUAUAAAUAUUUACACACACAGGCUCCUAGAUAUACAGGUAAGAUAUCUGACAAGUAUAGGAGACAAAGAGUCUGGAGAUACACAUCCAUAUAUGUACCAAGCUAUUUCAAUUGAACCUGCCAGUAAAAUGUAUGAUUUCUUUUCAGUUUUGCCUGGCCAUUCACACAUUUGACACAUCCCCUGCCUCAGAAAUGUUAGAGAUGUCUGGGCAUUUAAAUUCUGCAAGCCCAAAACUAGGAGCUACAUUAGGGUCAUAAACCUUUGCAUCUGGGCUAGCAUCAAGGAGCAUCGGGAUGUAUGUCAAAGCCACAGGGUGAGACAUUUACAUUGAACAGUUUUGAGUAUUGUUCUAUCAUCUGAGGUUCAUGCUCAAGGCCGCUUUUCAUUGCGCUAGUUUGUUGUACUCCCUCGCACUUGGCAAACCUCAUAGAACCUACUGGCUGAUACGCUGGGCUGGCGCAUUUCUUUUCAUAAUGGACACUGAGACAGCUCUUGUGUGCCCUCCUCUAUCAUAGCUGCAAUCUCCUGUGUGACAUUUAGGCUCUCCAAAUGGAAGUACUGUUGGAAGUUUGGGACCGUUCACAGGGGGUUUGGGGGAUGCUGGGGCAUCUGGGUGUUUGACAUGGCCAGUGGUGAACCUUGCAGCACAGGUCAAAACCUGGAGUCAACCAGUAAAAGCUCAGACAAGCCAUGCAGCACAGAGGAUAUUAGCAGAUGGGGUCAGAGGCUUUUUAGUUCUUCCCCAAGGGACAACACUGAUGGGUCAGGGAGGGAUCCUGAAACAAAAAAAUAAAAAUUAAAUUAAAAAAAACAACAUAAAUGUUAAAAGUACAGGUAUAAAGUUCAUCGUCCUUCCGCACUUCUUACAAGUUCAAAUUGGUAACAUACAACAAUAUGAUCAUGAAUACACAGCCAACAGUAUGACAGUACAAUAAUAAUGACCUUUACCUGUGUAUGCUUGAUAAAGCGUUGAUUUACAUACACUCCUGGCAGAUGGCUUUGGUUUCUUUACCACCAAGUCCUUAAAAGGCUCUGCACGGAUCCUCUUGAGAAUGAUUCAACCAAGCAGCCAUGAUAGCAAGAUGCAAGAAAUUUAAUCGCUUAUUUUUAAAAUCCUAAUGUGCUUAUAUUAAGGUGCACAACACUGUAAUGUGAUCAUACAGAGCAAAGCAUAAAAGUCAUUAACAAUGUCACUACACAUUCCCAUACUUACAAAGCUAAGUAACCAUAAAGCCAUAUUCCCAAAGGUAAUUUCGGUUGGUGGGCCAAAAAUCAAAAAAAAAAAAAAAAAAAAAAAAAAGUGGAUGAAUGCUUUGUUUCUGUCCACUACUGUAAUGUGAUUAUUAGGACUUGGUGCGUCAAGGUAAGCAGUAGGUGGUGCCAAUUUUCCAUUAUAAGAGGGCGCGACAAGAUGACGUAAUUGAGUGAGCAUCAAUCAAACCUCAAACGGUGAAAAAAACAAUGUAGAAAACACGAUGGAAAGGUGACAUUUCUGUUUGUUUCAUGUAUUAAUGUGAGGAAAGUUACAGUCUCCUCAUUGCUCCACACAGAUCUGACAGGUCACAGGUCUGCCGCUAUCAUUAAAAAUCGAACAGCAUAAAAACAGGUGGAUAGAAGCCCAGACAGCUCAGCUAGUGUGACACCUAAGACGAGCAAGUGACUAACGUUAACUAACGUUAAGCUGGUUAAACGUUAGAUCGUUGACCCUAAAUUGUCUUAACUAGUAGCUACAUGCACAACGUCAUGCUGGCUAAUAGGCAGCCUGGGCACGUAACGGUAGUAACUAGCUUAUUUCGCUAAGCUAGCAGCUACAGGCUAACAAAAUAAGGUUGUUGUUUUUAACCCAUUACAAUAAUCACAGAUCGUUAAAACAAAAGCAGUCGACGUGCACCAGUUCAAACAUAACAUUCUUGCUAUCACUAAGAUGGAAGUUAUGUGUAAACAUACCUGUGUACUGAUUUUCUGUCUUCUCCAUGGAACUCUGUCUGUUGUCUGCUAACAGUGAAUGUUGCCAAGCUGUCACUCUGAUCAAGGCUGGCCAAUAGGGACGUGUCUUACAUCUUUCAGCGUAGGUCCCGCCCACGAGAGUCAGCUAACAGCUAAAAGCUUUUCGUUUCAAAAGCAAAACUUUAGAUUUUUCAUUAAUACAUUUUAAAAUCACAAAUUAAUUUUACUUGCAAUAAAAAAACAAAACAAAACUUGAUUCCAGUGUCGAUAGUUUUGGUCUCAAAUCUAUUUUUUGAUUGCAUAAUAAAGACACAAAAUUACCCUCAUGUCUGCUGAGAAAGCUACUUUUCAAUUUUAGUGUGAAUGGAAGACACAACCUUAUCUUUCCCUUGGUCUGUCAGUUUAUAAAGAGAUAAAUUUAAGCAUAUACAGAAUAUUUUCUCAUUUUGGGUUAUCACCUAGCCUGCACCACGAACUAAUACGAUGCUAACUCGAGUAUGAAAAAAGCUGUGCAAGCCUGAUAAAAAGGUGGGCAGAGUGCAUCUGAAGGGAUCAUGAGCACAAAUGCAAAUAGCAAGCACCCCUCUUUCCCUACCCUCCUUGGGAAGAAAAAAAAAUUUGCUCCCAGUCAUUCAGCCAUUUUAAUUCUACACUGUAUAUGAAAAUUCAGGCGUUGUAGACAACCACAGCUGAAUGAGGGAAACAAUGUUGUAAUUAUCUGGGUUCUUAUCAUCAUCCAGUAUGAGAGAUUGGCAGGAAACACAUUAAAGACUGCGACUAAACAGGGUUUUGAGUAAGAAGAUGUAACCUGAUGUUUUCAAUCAGAUUAGUUAUUAAUCUGCAAACAAAAGCUUCUCUCCCCUGUCCUCUUACUUCACAACACGGAAAAUUGAGAUAAUGUUUUAUUCCUCUUUCUGGAGAGUGGGCGUGAAUACAAGUAGGUCAGCAGCCCAACCCCCCACCCCUUUAUUAGAGCAGGCAGCAACAGCAGCAGAGACGGCGUGACGUGGUGGGAGAGCGUACUGCCACCAAGCCUAGAGCUGCCUUUCAGAACGAACACAUAACUCACAGCACUUCCCCCCGUUCAUCUUCCUCUUCCCCCGCAGCUUUCAUACCUCUAGCCCUCUCGCAAACAACACAACGACAGCAGAGUGGAUAGCGAGGGGCUGCUGAAUGAGGAGGAUGAGAGGAGGAAAGUGGAAACAAAAAAAAAGGGACAGAGAAACACAUGGAGGGGAGGGAAGUUACAUGAAAAGGAAGAGCGAGCGGAAACAAGGAUCAGCAUGGAAAUAGAAGAAAAGCUGAACAAACAGAUGUAAGGCUUAUGCAUCGUCCAGAGAAGAUCCCCAUUUAUCCACUGCUGCUUUGAUAUAUACACACACACACAGUACGACAAGCAAGGACAGUGAAAGGACCCAGGGCUGCAGCUAACUGUCAACUACAGACUCUAUUCUCUCUUUGGCCAAAGAAAACAGCAGCGCAGCACCGUUAGCAUCAAGCCUCUGGGGACAAUGCGCUAAGGCAGAUGGAGAGACUGCAACACUGGAGCUCUGACACAUGUUCUGCCCGUGCACGCACACAGACACACUCAUGCAUGCAUCUGGUAGAUAUCUAGGAGAGCCUCGAAGAGGACUAGAUUUUACUCUUUCUGAGUAACAGCCACAUGUGGGUUGGAUUUAAAGAGGAGGAGGAUUUGUCACACGAGUCGUUACGGAAAAGAUGUAUGUGACUGUUGUUUGGUUAAGAGGGCGAUCAGUGUGUGAGGAUUGUAAUUCAUCACAUUCAGGAACAAUGGAUGCCAGAAAUAGACGAGUACUUAGAUUAAAACAGAUGCUGUACAUUGGCUGGGAAAAGGUUAGAGAGAGAUUUCAGCCCACGGUGACAGAUACGAGACCGUCUGAUAUCUGCUUCCGUCAAAGACAGCUUCUGUGGACCCUCGUUGAAGAUAUACCACCCUUGUUCUCCCAGAGAGGGCAAUACUCUUUCAUAGGACGCAGAAUCCAGAAUUCCCCAAAUUCAUUUUACAAUCACUUACUUUAAUUUUCUUUACUUAUCCUAACACCAGAGGAGGUAACAGACUGCUGGAGACAUUUAAACUAAAGACUAGAUCAUAAAACUUUCAAUCUUAACCUUAAAAAAGGUAGGGUAUGCGAUUCUGGCUAAAUCCAAUACCAAGACAAAUACCAUGAUAUAGAGUGAACAACGACACAGCAAGUUAGCUAGGUUGUGGGUAAGCAAACUGUCCCUACAGCUCCUGAAGCCACUUUGUUUCCCAUUUACAGAGCCAGGGCUGUGUACAAACACUGGAUGUUUUUUCAGCACACACACUGAACGAACAGCUAGUGGAUCGUGAGGAAAUAUUUACUGAAUUUGACAAAGACGUGUAUUGGAUUAGAAUCGCAUACCCCACCUUUAAACCAGCAUUUACCACCUGGGGACAGCGGAAACAAGCUGUAAACAACAGUGAAAUGUCAUCACCUUUGAAGUUUAUAUGUCAAACUUGUUUGCAAACAGCUGCUUAUUUACACAUCCAGCAGUUAUGGAGCAACAUUGUUAUUCAUUUUGGCAUCAUGUUUCUGGCCACCUGACAAAUUUAAGCGCAAUAUUCGCUCUCCUUUUAGCUCUGUUUCAGUCUCCACCAACUCCUGAGGAAACAUAUCUGGCUGCUAAAUGCGCCACUAUGUUUACCAGCUAGUCACUAACUUGGUUUGUCUGUGGUUUGGUGCCGGGCAGCUAGCGUACAGUCAGUGGGUUAUUUUAGCUUUUUUUUUUCUUAUUUUUUCCCCCCUCUACUAAAACCAGCUACCUGGUGAGAGUGAACCAAAACAGUAAAGUUGCGGGCCGUAAAAACCAAAACAAUGAGCUGAAAGAUGAUGAUAAGAGUUGAGGGGAACUGCGUUGAUAUACACACAAUACGACAAGUAAGGAGAGUUGGGUGAUAAUUCUCUGUGUUCAUCACAAGGAACACCUUUCACAGACAUGUUAUUUCAUCGGUUGUCAAUAUAAAAAUGUUAAUUAUAGCAUCUUUAAUGUGAUUAUGUCAUGACAGUUUCAUGCGGCAUCGCUAUGACGAUCAGUUAAGAAUCCGGCCUACAUUGAGGGCAUACUAUAUGCAGUGGAAAACGAAGUUGAGCCGUGCAGUACCAUGCAGUGGAAAUGAGGCUUAUGUGACAUGUUGUAUCUAUGUUAUUUCUCAAAUAUAUCCUCUCGUCUGUCUCCUAGGCAAUCACUAGAUAUGCAACAUUAAAGCGGACUCACACCUUACAGCUGGCUUGUCAGACAACAACAAAGUGAUUUACGUCACUGGAAAUGAGUUAUCAAUAUUGGGUCCCAUUACAUACACUUCACCUCCAGCGAUCAAGAUCUGGUCAGAAGCUGCUGACAAUUGGCCUUACAAGUGUGACUGUCUAAGUGAAUUAUUCCUGCUGAAACUAUGCAGUGGAGACGACGCCACUGCUGUACACAUACAGCUAAACUUCUUUAUCUCCUCUUACUGUUGGGUGUACUAUUCUUUCUGGUUCACCAGGUGUGGCUGCCUAGGCUCACAGGUAUGCCAUGGUGGAGAGGCAAUCCUGUGGUGUACGGAGGUGGUGAACUUCAUACCACCAAAUCCAAAUGGAAUAUCAGUGCCCAACAUUCAGUGUGGAGGUUUGUCAUUGUUCCUCAGCCAACUUUCAAGGCUGAUGCUAACAUCAGCUCCAAUGAGAAGGAAGGUGUCCCCUCUCCUCAAGGAGACCCAAAUCUUGAGGACACUUUGACAGCCAGUGUAGAGGGAGAUCUUGGUGGCACCAUAACCCAUGGGCCUUUCACUUAUAUCAUCAACGAGCCAGAAAAAUGCAUAGAGAUCAGACCUGCGCCAUUUCUGGUGUUGCUGAUAGCCACGGAGGCUCGGCAGGUGGAGGCAAGAAAUGCCAUACGGCAGACAUGGGGGAAUGAGAGUGUGGCUCCAGGUCUGGGAUUCAUCAGGCUGUUUCUGCUGGGGAAAAAUGAGGGAGAGCUGGGACUUUUACAGCAGAGGAUGCUAGAAGCAGAGAGCCGGAGGCAUCAUGACAUCAUUCAGCAGGACUUUCUGGAUUCCUACAAAAACCUGACCAUUAAGACACUGAUGGGAAUGAACUGGGUGGCAAUUCACUGCCCGCGAGCCAGCUAUGUCAUGAAGACAGACAGUGACAUGUUCGUCAACACGGAGUACCUAAUUAACAAGCUCCUUAGGCCAGAAAUUAAGCCUAAGAAGAACUACUUCACAGGUAAUAAUAUGAGAGGCUUUGCACCAAACCGAAAUAAAAAUAGUAAGUGGUACAUGCCCCCUGAGCUGUACCCCAGUGAGAAGUAUCCCACCUUCUGCUCUGGGACUGGUUACGUCUUCUCUGGAGACUUGGCGAGGAAAAUCUAUCGAGCAUCACUAAGUAUCCGCCAUCUGCAUCUGGAGGAUGUGUAUGUGGGAGUAUGCUUGGCCAAGCUCCGGAUUGAGCCCACUCCUCCAUCCAAUGCGUUCCUAUUCAACCACUGGAGGGUGUCUUAUUCCAGCUGCAAGUACAGCCAGCUGAUAACAUCACAUGGGUUUCAUCCCAAUGAACUACUUAAAUACUGGCAUCACCUACAGAGCAACAAACGCAACGCCUGCGUCAACACACUGAGAGCGAGAGCAGGCAGGACACACUCAAACAGAAUGAACAAAGAGAAACCAGCUCAAUAACUGAAAAAGUUACUAUUAAACUCUCCUUGUUACAAGCCCAUUUUCUUUUUAACUUAUAUCAAGGGAUUAAUCCACACUUUAUCCAUAUGGGAACUCAAUAAAAAAUUCUGCAUAAAUGUUGCGUAAAAACUGACGAAUUGCUCUUAAAUGAUUUUGUACAAAAGAGAUCAAAAUUGUUUAUAUGUCCAAAUCAAACCACUGGAGAGUUUAUGUACACAGUUAUAUUUUACAAAUGAAUAAACUGUGUUACACUGUGGGGCAAAAGCUACUUUUUUGUAAUAAUGUAAGAUGUAAUGUAUGUGUUUAAUAUAUGCAGCGUCGACUGGGUACAGUGCCAAUAAACAUUUCCACAUGUGUA